UUCGGUAAUAGCUCAUUUUAAAGAGGAUAAAAUAACGAACAUUUUACUGUAAUAAAAUACCUAUGUGUCCACUGAAAAUUUCGAGUAUUUUUACUUUAAAGAUGACGUACGUAGUAUGCAAAAAUCAGUAAAAUAGAAAUAUUCAUAAAAUCGUUAUUUUUACGCGAAAUGAUCAAAAUUUAACAUCAAUCGAUAGGGAAUUUUAUUGUCUUUAAUUUAAGACUGCAUAACAGUUCACCCAAACUCGCGAACAAUUUAAAAAAUUGCAUUUUUUACAUAAGAAAUUGUAUGCAUAAUUACUGGUUCGUUAUCACUUCAGGGAACAAAAUGGUGGAUGCGCUCACCUGGUUUAUAUAGAGCCCUAAUAUUCAUGUGGGUGUAAUGUCGCAUGGGUCAAAUGUCGCAUAUUGAUGUGAUGCAAACAUCUAUCAGAACAUGGGUUAAAUGUCGCAUGGGUCAAAUGUCGUUUUGUGAAAAUCCAAAAUUGAUAAAAACAUGGGUGAAAUGUCGCAUGGGUCAUAUGUCGCAUGGGUCAAAUGUCUCACUGCCCAGUCUUGCACUAAGUAUCGAUGCUUUAAAUGGUUAUCCAGACCUGCAUCCUGAUAUUUCAUUCGUUACUUCAUGGCUCUCAGUGAGAGUGACGUUAUCCGGUGAAAAAGAAACACAUCAACGAACAGUGAUAAGAUCGACUACCUAAUUAAUUCGAGGCUUCGAAGUACAUACUUAUUUGUGUAUAUACCUAUGCCUAAAUAUGUAUAUCAAUUUCACAAACUGCAAAAAUCAAAACUGCAGGUGCAAAUUGAAAGCUACGUGAGCGAGAAUUAUCAUUUCGAUAUCAUGGUAAUUGGUGACCUUUCAUGUGUUCACUUUAAGUAAUUCGUUCAAAUGGUUUAACCGUUUAAAUAUAGCUUGAAUUAAACCGGAUUUGAAAUCUUCUUGAAACUUUUUGUCUCGUCGUACAUGGUUGAAAAUGCAAUGAGAAAAAUCAAGAAUCAGUAAUUCACGUAUCUGGAUAUUAUUAAUAAAUAAUUCACAUCGGUGUAUCAAAUCAGAACUAGUUUGAGAAUAUUUUUACAUGUUUUGGAGUAAUGCCAUCGAACAAAAAGAACUCAAGAGCUGCGGUUGAACAGCCAUCCAUGCCUCAGAAUGCAUCUAAGGAAAAUAAAUCAUCUGAUGAUAAGCCUAAGACUCCGGCAUCUGUACCCACUGUUAACAUCAAUCAACCUGCCCAUUCUAGAGAUGCAGUUAAAAAGCCAUCCAAGCAGCAGAAUGGAUCUAAAGAAAGUAAAUCUUCUGAUGAUAAGUCCAAGACUCAAGCAUCUGUAAUCACUGUUAACACCAAUCAAUCUGCCCACCCUAGAGCUGAGGUUAAAAAGCAAUCCAAGCAGCAGAAAGUAUCUAAAGAAAAUAAAUCAUCUGAUGAUAAGCCUAAAACUAAGGCAUCUGUACCCACAGUCAAUAUCAAUCAACCUGCCCAGUCCAGAGCUGAGGUUAAAAAGCAAUCCAAGCCGCAAAAUGUGUCCAAAGAAAAUAAAUCAUCUGAUGAUAAGCCUAAAACUAAGGCAUCUGUACCCACAGUCAAUAUCAAUCAACCUGCCCAGUCCAGAGCUGCAGUUAAAAAGCAAUCCAAGCAGCAGAAUGUAUCUAAAGAAGAUAAAUCGUCUGAGGAUAAGCCUAAAACUGAGGCAUCUGUACCCACAGUCAAUAUCAAUCAACCUGCCCAGUCUAGAGCUGCAGCUAAAAAGCUAUCCAAGCAGCAGAAUGGAUCUAACAAAAAUAAAUCAUGUGAUAAUGAGCCUAAAACUGAGGUAUCUGUACCCACAGUCAACAUCAGUCAAACCUCCCAUCCCAGAGCUGCAGCGAAACAGUCAUCCAUGCAUCAGAAUGGAUCAACAGAAAAUGCAUCGCCUGAUCAUAAGCUUAAGACUCAAACUUCUAUAUCCUCAGUAGAAGAGCAUAAAUCUGGAGGUGCAAGAUUAUCCUUUCAUGGCAUCUCUUAUCAAAUCAAAUUAUUAAUUCACUUUUUGAAUUAUGGCAUGGAUAGACGAGGUAAAGACAAGCAAUAUUUUUUUAGUCUAGCAACGGAGAUGAAAGAAGCAGAGAAAUUUGAUGAUGUGGUCUUUCGGUAUACAAAAGAUAAUGGUAGAUGGAUAUAUCGCUUUUUGCAAGCUAAACAUAGAAGUUGUGUAAAAACCCACAUCAGUGGUUUACUCGAUAUAAAUAGUGAUUUCUACCUGCCAAAAUAUUUUGAUUCCUUUUGCAAAAUUAAAAAAAAUCCAUAUUUUAAAGAUCAGAUACUUGGAGAUUUUAUUAUUUGUACAAAUGCCGGUUUAGAAGACAAAGCAAAAGCCUAUUUCACUCCAUUAGAUGAUGAUGAUUACAUUUUAAAUUUCCCUGACAGUAAGUCCAAAUGCUAUGAAUUUGAUUUUGAUAACUUUCCAAAAAAAUCACAGCUGAUAGGUAAACUGAAAAAAAUUGAAGCUUCUAAAACAGAAAUGAGUGAUUUUUUCAGCAAAUUAGUGUUUGCAAUAGAUAUGCCCAAUGAAACUGAGCUUGAGAAUAUCAUUGUGAAAGAUAUCAGUAAAAAAAUCAACUUGACUGACAGUACACUUCUUUUAAGUGGCCUCCAGAAGUUUAUAAUAGAUUGGAUGAAUUUGAAAAAAGGUUACUUUCUUACACAUGAAGAUGGAGAAGCAUUUUUUGAAGAAAAUGCUCGGAAACUUUCCAUGAUAGUGGCAGCACAUGGAAUAACUUCACAAUAUUGUGCUGAAAUUGAAGCGUAUGGCAUGAAUUUCAUCAAUAUUCCACCUGCUCUAAGGAGCUUUCUAUCUUCUAAGGAACAAAUUUUCAAUUUAAUUAGUUCAUGUGAGACUACUGCAUUGAGUGCAAUCAAAGUUAUUCAAAUGUUGAAAAGUACACCAGAAUAUGAGACCAAAGACAGUUACAUCGCUAUGCAUCUGGCUGAUGUGUUGCUCAAGCAAAAUAUUAUCAAAGAUGCUUUUGAGUUGAAAACCUCAGGUCACUUAUUAAUAAUUGAAUGUGAUGAUGUGAAAUAUGAUGAUAGAGAACAAUUAUUUGAGCCAUUAUCUUUAAUAAUUGAGUCUCUACCUUGCAAAAAAAUGAUUCUCAUUACUUGUGAAAAUGAUACUUUGGCUGCAAAAUUAAAACAGAAAUUCUCUAAAAACGCCAUGUAUAAAGAAAUGAAAGAUGAUAAAACCAGACUUUCCGAUCUUACUCAGGACUCACAAGAUAAACUUUUGAAUAAAAAGGUGUUAACAUUUCAAGAUAGAGAAGACUUUAGUUUAGAUAAGUUGUUGACAAAGAAAGACAGACAUUUAUUAGGGAAAUCUCUUGAGGGAGAGUUAUUAUUCAAGUUGAUCAAACAUGAUGAAAAAUUAAAGAUAGGCACAGCACCAGAAGAUCCAAAGUAUGAUGCUGCAAAACAUUAUUUUAUUGAACGGUCAUUUUUCCGUUAUGUGAAUAUUGAUACAAAUAUCAAGCAAGAUGAUGAUUUUUUUGUAAUUGAUGUAAAGAAACAGAUUGGCGAAUCUGAUGCUGGGGCAAUAACAGCAACACAAGAUGUAGUUGUGAUUUCUGACACACCAAAGGAUUUUUUCAAGUGUUGUGAUGAGUAUGGUGUUAACAAUAUACAUUGGUUGAAAAACACCAAAAAUAAUUUCAUAUGGCAACAAUCACGUGGUAGUGUAUCAAAACUACGUCAAUUUGUGAUGAUGAAUGAGAAAAACCAAACAAAAUACCAGCCAAAUAAUAUUACUAAUAUACCAGAAAAAGUAGUUUUAAUUGCUGCUGAACCUGGUAUGGGUAAAUCAGUUAUAUUAUCUCAUUUAGCAGUGAAUACAUUUCUGAUUCCUGCCCCUCCGUGGAUUAUUAGGUGUAAUUUGAUAGAUUAUUCAUACCAGUUUUCAAAAUGGAGAGAACCGUCCAAAGUAAAACUUGAUGUGAAAGAAGCUGUAAGAUUUCUUUAUGAAAUUACAGAAUUUCAAUUGUUUGAGAAGUAUAAAAAUCAGAUUACAAAAGAACAAAUGAUCUGUGAUUUUUUGGACUUCCAUGAUGAUGGUAAGGUUGAAUUUAAAAAGAAAGAACUAAAAGAUGAGAAAACCAUAUCAUUAGUACAAUUAUUUGAAGUUGAAUUGUUCACUCAUUUUUACAAUAAUGGUCAUGUAGCCUUAUUAUUGGACGGAUUUGAUGAAAUUAGCCCAAAAUUCAAGUAUCAAGUUAUAGAAUUAAUUGAUGUUUUGAAGAAAUAUGUGAAAACAGUAUGGAUGACAACACGCCCUCUUAGUAUCCAAAGUGAUGCUGAAAAUAAGUUUGGUACAUUUUCAUAUGCAUUAAAGCCAUUCACUCGGGAAAAUCCAAAGCAAUUCUUAGAGAAAUUUUGGGGAGAAAAAUUGAAACCAAUUCAAUUAAAUAAACAGCAAUCCAAAGUUUACAUUAAGGAAUUGCUAGAAAUGUUUUCUCAACGUGCAAAUGAUCUACAGAGAACUUUUGUUAGUGUGCCAUUGCAAGUAUAUAUGCUUGCAGAAAUUUUCUCUGUUCCAUUCAAAAAAUUCCAUGAUUUGGGGUGUGAAAUACUUUCUGAAAAUGAACAGCAGGAACUCCAAGAAAAGUUGAAUUUAAAUACUUUGUAUGCAAGUUUUGUUGAGGAGAAGUUUCUUCAAGAACAAAGAAAAUUAGAUAGCAAUUAUGACAGUAAUAUACACAAACUUAACAAUUUUGGAAUUGAUGAUAUGUUGCGCAGGAAAUUUCUAGAAACUCAUAGAAUGUUAGCAAUUUGUGUAACAUUACAAGAUGAGAUAAAGAAGUUAUCUUCUAAAAAUAUUGAACAAGAGGUCAACAAUGCCAUUGAACAGGUGAAGCAAGGGAGUUUUAGAAGUGGUAUUAUUGAUAGAAUUAUUAAUAACAACCCUAAUUUUAUUCACCUCACCUUUGCAGAAUAUUUUACUGCUGAUUAUCUGUGGGAAGAGUUUAAAACAACUCCAUGUGAUAUGUUUGAAAAUUUUAUUGAUGAUGUUAUAAUUGGUUACCUAAUGAACACAAAUAAAAAAGUAAUUUGUGAGUUUUUAAAAUCAAAAAUUGAAAAUGAUUUAAAAAAUAAUGGGAAUGUUUCAGAUUAUCAGAAAAGACUUGAAAUUCUAGUGAUGAAACUUUUUAAUAGCGGAUUAAAGAAGUAUUCUGGAAUUUUUGAUAACGCUUUCUCUUUAUUAUUUGGGAUAAUAGAGACAAUAUUCGAAACAUACCAUGUAGAUAUUUCCAAACUUACUGAAAACUUGGAUGACAAUAUAGAAUAUGAAUUACUAUGUAUAUGCGCAACAAAUGGAUAUGUAAAAUUAGCUUUAGCACUAACAUUGAAGAGAAAAAACAAUGAAAAUUUUUAUCUGAAACAGUUGGAAAAUCGAGAUUGGCGUGAUAGUGUCUUGAUGAUAGCAAUUAGAAAAAAGCACCAGAGUACUGCUGACAUUUUUGCUCAAGUCCAUGACAUUUUUUGGAAGGAUAGAACUCACAGAACUUUAAUUUCUACUAUCCUAGAGGGAAAGGAUGCUAUUUUAUUUGGAAAUCUUUUAAAAACAAAGAUAUUGGAGGUUGGUAAACCUUAUACUGAACAUAAUGUGCAGAAAUUGCUAUUAUUUGAAGCACUCAAGUGUAAAUCUCUACCUGAGGCCAUUAAAUUCUUGAUACACAAAACCGAUAUUGGUAUUAUUAAUGAAUUUAUAAAUUCUUGUGGAUGGAGCAUGGCCACAUACUAUUUAAGUUUUCAGUUGUUGAAGUAUGAUGAAAAAGUAGUGAACCUAGCUAUGAAAAAAGGUAUUGAUUUCUCCAACAUUAUAAAUAUCUUUCUUCAUCAAGUUGUUGUGGAUCCCUUCAAACAUAUUACAUAUGUUUCAGGUGGUUUUAAACUGAUCAAAUAUUUCUUAGAAAAUGAUAUCAGCUAUAAUUGUAAGAAUAUAGAGAUCACCGAUAAUUUCACUGAAGGGUACAAUAAAUUUGAUGUGAAGCCCUUUUUAUUUGAUAGAAAAAGUGAGUUCACAACAUGGCAUUAUGCUAAGCAAAUAUUCCUCAUCUAUGGACUAGUAUACAAAAUAGAAACUGUUAUGAGCCCAAAUGAUGAUAAAGUGUAUCAUUUUUUCCACAAAAUUCUGAAACUGGUUCUCAAUAACUAUGAAAAGUGCCCAGGCUUCAAAGGUUAUGAAAUUGUUACAGAGGUUAAAAAUGGGGAAACAUUCUUAUUACCUCAUUUUGAUCAAGAAUCACCUAACGUGUCUCCACUUGAAAGGGAGAAAAAAAUACCUCUUCACUUAGAGAAGUAUGAGUUGACAUUGGAUAUGCUUUUCAAAGAAAAUACUGAUAGUAUUACCAUGCAAGAUGCUCUAAAUGAGUUGAAGAAUUUCUUAAAUGAAGUAAAAACAAACAAAAAAUACUUCAGAACGUAUCCAUAUUGCAUGCAAACAGGUGAAAAAACUACCAAUGGGUACUUAUAUGACCGCUUCAUUCAUAUAGGUGGAAAUUUAGUUAAACCAAGCAACCAUCCAGAUUGCAUUUUUUCUAAUUUAGAGGAAAAAUUGCAGAAAAAAGCUCGGUACUGUGCCCUCAGUGAAUUAGCAAGAUGUAUACUAAAGUUGGUUAUAGAAUUGUCCAAAUAUUUUCAUUAUGAUAUGGAUGAAUCAUUAAAAAAUGUAUCAAAUAGACUGGAAAAAUUAGAAAACCUGACACAAGAAAUGAGGAAAAAAUCAAGUGAAGAAAACAUUCUAUUCAAGACUACAGAUAUAUUAGAUGUUCUAGAAGAAGAAAACUUGGAUAUAUGUGAUGAUGUACUGCAACAUUUUGCAUUGAAAAUGAAUGAUUGUAGUGCUACUCAUGUGAUGCGUAGCACUUUAGUAAAUUUACUUGCAUAUUUGAAAUUUAGACCAGAAAUGGGAAAAAUUCAAUCAAUUCAAAGACAAACUAAAGAUUUUUAUAAUUUAUUCAACAAAAUUAACAAAUCAUAUAAUACCCUUACAAAUGCUAUAAUAAACAAACAACACCAAGAAGUGAAGAACAUACUACAAAAAGAACUCAUCUAUGGAAAAUCAAUUAUUCAUGGUCAAGAUAAAAAGUUUGGUUCACCCUUACAUUAUGCUGCUGCCACGGGUGAUGCGGAAAUCACUGAAAUCCUUUUAUCUCAUGGAGCUAAUCCUAAUUUCAGAUUAAAUGAGACUGGUGUACCCGAGCUGCUAAUCAAUUCAAAAUGUUUAAAAGUCAAGACGGGGAAGAAUAAUAGGUUAUUGGAUUACUACAGUUGGACCCCAAUACACUUGGCAGCAUUGAAUGGUCACAAUGAAAUAGUUCAGCUUUUAAUUGAUAAAGGCUCCAGAGUUGAUGCCAUUAUAACGGCUGAGAGUUAUAUUAAAGGAAGUACGCCACUGUAUCUAUCAAUCUCUCAAAAUCAUUUAAAAACUACUCUGUUACUCUUACAAAACGGAGCUUGUUAUGACAAAAAUAAUGAACAAAACAAGACACCAAUGAAACUGGCCAAGUUUGGAUCAGAUGUUGCAGAUCUGCUUCAACGCAUUCAUCAAUUAUUUCAAGCGGUUAAAGAAUGCAGAAAAUACUCUGUGGAUUCUUUAUUAGAAAAAAAUGAUCGGGAUUUGCUUCAAGCGAUUUUACACACAAAAAAUGCUCAUAAUCAGACAAUUCUAAACAUUGCCAAAACUAAUGAGCAUAGAGAAAUCAAAAAACUACUGAAGGAAAAAUUGAAAUUUUUGCAGUCUUCAAAUUCUUGAUUAAUUAUGACUAAUGUCUUUCAAUUAUUUCAUGAAAAAGAAAAGCAUGAAAGGCCAUUGUUUCAUACAAAACUACACUACCUGCCUACUAAGAGAAAGACAAUUUUCAGGUCAUAAUAUGUAGGUACCUAUCAUUAGGUAUAUGUAUGUACUCAGUUGCUCACUCAAUCCUCUUAUACAGGAUCCAUUCCUGUUUUAAAUUUUUUUAUUUUUUUUACCUGAUAAUUUUUUUCUGAAAAAUGUAUUUUAAACAGGUACUUAUUUUUAUGUUCAUAUAUUGUACUAUUUGUUUAAAUUGAGGUCUCAUAUUGUAUUUUAUUCAAUUAUUGUUAUGAUUUUUUAUAUUAUUUUUAAUUUCUUUUUCAAUAUUGUACAUUUCGAUGUGUACCUAGCAAGCUAUGUACUUUUAUAAAAAAAAAAUAUAUAUGAGCGAGUAAAGCUUA